AUGGACUUGGAUCCAGGCGACGGCGAUGUGCCAGGCAAUCCGCGCGAUAGAGCAGGACAACUGACAGGUGCAUGGCUGAGCACGCAGCUCGUCCUCUGCGCCUUUGUCUUUGUCACCUGCUUCGGCACCUUUUGCCUUCUUCGGAACAAGUUCAAGGUACUCUAUGCGCCUCGAACGCUCCUCCGGGGCUUCACACCUCAUGAGGUACACGACAAAUCGCUCUCGACCGAUCCCUCGACGCUGGCAGCUCUUUCGCCGACGAGUUUCCUGGGUUGGAUUCUACCGACGCUCAGGGUGAGCGAGUUGAGCGUGCUGCAGCUCGUCGGACUCGAUGCGGCAGUCCUGCUCGGCUUCUUCAAGAUGGCUUUCUACUUUUUCCUCUUGGCCACCAUCCUGGCUUUCUCCAUCCUCGCACCCAUCAAUUUCAGAGAGAACGGCAUCAUCGACGGCGUUCCAGUAGACAAGGAUGGCCGCGACAAGGGUGAUGAGUCGGGUAGCAAGCACGAGCCUGCAAAACCGCCUCCACCCUCGGCGCUCUACCUGUCCACCCAUCUCGCCUACACCUACCUCUUCACGCUCAUGUUGCUCUACAUGCUCCAUCGACACUACAGAUCAUUCGUGCAUCUCAGACAGCUCUUUUCGCUCGAUCAUGCGCACUCCAUACCUGCUCGUACGGUCUUAUUGAGCAAGCUACCUCGACAUUUGAGAGCCGAAGUCAAGUUGGCAGAGUAUUGGGAGAACAUGGGUCUCGCGGUCGAGUCUGUCUCUGUGGGAAGAGAAGUAGGCACACUGGCAGAUCUCAUCCACAUACGCACGCACGCACUGCUCAAGCUGGAGAGCGCUUGGGCACAGUACGCUGGCAAUCCUGUGCGGCCUUUCUUAGGCUACGACCGCGAUGCAGAAGUCGAUAAAAUACUCGACACUGAAUCGCAGCCCACAACAAGCAAGCCGCCAGACGACCGGGCAGGCUAUCUAGCUCCCGUCGCACCGUUCGAUGCACGAGGCGCGAAUGGCGAGCCUCACGUGCACGACGAAACCAUCCCGGACGCCCAAAGACAGCCACUGCUGCCAUCGACAGAUGCAAAAGUAGACGAUCUGAUCCCCACAACUCAAGACGGCGAUGCUCUCUCCGGCGAGCAUGAGUCAGCAAGUAUAGCGCGAUCGAGCAGCAAGGUCGACGAUGAAGAAGCGCAAUUGCGCAUGCCUCCGCCCAUGUUCAUGAUUCCCGGCAAGAAGAGGCCCACUGUUCGGCCUGGCUGGUUUCGAUCGAAAGUUGAUGCGCUCAACUACUAUGCCCAGCUGUUCCGGGAUGCAGACGAAGCCGUGCGAGAUCGACGAGCAGGUCGUUUCUACCCUACCGACAUAGCCUUUGUCACCUUCGAGAAGCUAUCGGAUGCUCAAGUAGCUUCACAGGUCGUCCACUAUCCCCAACCGGAGAUCCUCAGGGCAACACUUGCUCCUGAGCCGCGCGACAUCCAUUGGGGCAAUAUGGCGCUAUCUGACAACAGCAUCACCGUCAGGGCCAUCAUUGUCAAUGUCACAACCUUGCUAUUGCUGCUGUUCUGGUUCAUUCCAGUCGGUCUCUUGGCAAGCUUGCUCAAUAUCAAGACUGUCGAAAAGUAUGCACCCUGGCUAGCAAAGGCGCUCGCCAAGAAUGUCACAGUUCAGGCCUUUGUCAGCAACACCUUGCCCACUCUGGCCAUCGUCAUCUUCAACCAGACGCUUCCCUACAUCAUCAGCGCGCUAUGCACCUUCAAAGGCCUCAGAGCAAAAUCAUGGAUCGAGUACUCGCUCAUGAAAGUCUACUUCAUGUUCUUGCUCUUCACUGUCUUCUUCAUCUUCUUGGCCGUACAGACGCUCAGUCUGCUCGUCGAGCUUGCUGAUAAGCCCACAAAGAUCCUGGAAAAGCUGGCCACCUCAUUGCCAGGCGGUCGUAACUUCUUCAUCUCUUAUGUCAUGUUGCAAGGGUUGGCGAUCAUGCCUCUUCAGCUUGUCCAACUUUCAACCGUUGUGCCUCGCUGGUUCUGUCGCAUCUUCUUGACGCGUACACCUCGCGAUCAUGCAGAGCUCAAUGCGCCACCCAUCCUCAAUCUCGGUCAAGUCUAUCCCCAAGCGAUUCUGAUCUUCAUCAUCUGCCUCAAUUACUCCAUCAUUGCGCCUCUUGUGCUCCUCUUUGGCACCUGCUAUUUUGGCAUGGCGUAUCUCGUCUACAAAUACAAUUUCCUCUUCGUUUACUAUAAACCAUAUGAGUCUCGAGGUCAAGCGUGGCCAAUCGCCUUUGGUCGUCUCAGCCUAGGCCUGAUCAUCUUCCAACUCUUCAUGACGGGUUUAUUCACUACACGAGAAGCCUUCGAAUUCUCGGUAGCCAUGGCACCACUCAUUCUCUUCACGCUCUGGACGACGCGCAAGAUCCACACGCUCUACGGCCCACUGACCAAGUACACAAAUCUAUCGCAAGCGAGUGAGAUGCAAGCGGGUAGUGCGAGCGAUGUCGAGAGGCUUCACAAAGGUCAUCCUGUGACACAAGGCCAAACGACACUCAACCGAGCGCGCUAUGCGCAUCGUGACGAGUCACUCUAUAUCGUUGGUCAGGACCAUCGCACGGACUACUCGCAACCGCCCAUGUCAGACGUCUUCACUGGCGUGCUCAACACAGGCAGACGGCGAUAUGGCCAUCCUGCGCUUACUGGACAGCUUCCAGCGCCUUGGUUGCCUUGCGCAGACGAGCCUGAUCAGCCCGAAUUCCAGUUGACGAGGAGUGAGAGCAUCGUCAUUGAUCUCAAGCAAAAGUGGUCAGCUGUCAAGCGCGGUACGACGAGCCUCGUGGGCGGCCGUGAUACGCAAUCAGCGAGAAGCGCCACACCUGUCGAUGACGCCACUAGAGCCUGGCGAGAAAGUGCGCUUGCCGAGUCUUCUGCUGCUUCAAGCCGCGGCGCCAACGACGUGGACGAGACAGACGACGAAGACGAGCAAGAGGCUAGUCCUGCUUACAGGACAUACUAUCCUCGACGACGGCGCGCAGAGGGCACAGAAACGCCCAGCAGAUCGCCUGUAUUUCCCCCGCAGCCUACCGAGCGGGAUGAAGAUGUAACUGUCUGA